CAGAACAAAUCUGUCUGGGCAGAUACUUGGCCUAUGAAAUUGGCCGAGGCAUACCACGAACUGGGCGUCGGGUGCUGCGUCAAUGAAAUGAAGCAUCCUGCACUACAAGACUGGCUAAAGUCCGAACACCGGUUUGAUUUGGUGAUCAUGGAACGACUGCCGUAUCAGUGCUAUUACGGACUGGUCCAUAAAGUUGGUUCACCUCCGUUGGUCGGUUUUCUAACGCUGCCCGCCAUGCUACCGGCUUACUACGCCAUAGGGAACCCUAUAAACCCAGCUUACCUACCAGACGUCUUCAUCGGUUACAGCGACCACAUGAAUUUCUGGCAAAGGCUGUACAACACUUACUUCACCUUGAGGUUCCUCGAUUAUUGGCAGAGAACUGUAUUGCCUGCUCACGAGGCCAUCAUGAGGGAACAUUUUGGCCCGGAACCACCUUCCGUUUACGAAGUGGAACGCAACUUCAGUAUGCUGAUUGUAGCUGCCCAUUUCAGCGGUCACUACCCGAGGCCAAAUGUACCGAACGUGAUUGAAGUCACGGGACUACACGUAGAAGAUAAAGUGAAGCCUCUACCGAAGCCCACCCGAAAGUAAAGCUGUUCAUCAUGCAAGGCGGACUGCAG